AUGGACAUGGAAAUUCUACUGGAGUUCAAGCAAGGCAUGUUGCAAAGCAAUUCUACCUUUUCUAACUGGCAUGAAGGAAGCAAGGAUGGGAUUUGCAGCUGGAGAGGCAUUAGUUGCAAUUCUAAACGCCAAGUAGUGUCCAUACAUCUAUCCUCUGUGGAUCUUGAUGAAGCCUUGGUGGGAACUCUCACGCCAAGGCUUGGGCAGCUUUCAUAUCUUUCAGAGCUCGAUCUAUCGUUUAACAAAAUAACGGGGCAAAUUCCUACCACCCUCGGAAAUUGCUCCUCACUCACAGAGCUCAACUUGAGAGGGAACCAAUUGACUGGCCAUAUUCCAGCAACAUUAGGGCAGCUCCAGAAUCUCACUGAGCUCUGGCUAUCUGAUAUUUCUUGA